CGUUUUCGGUAUUCGUUUUCGUAGGGGGUCUUCCUAUUCGUAGGGGUCUUAGGUCUUCGUUUUCGGGGUCUUCGCAUUCGCUUAAUAUAUAUGCUUCAAGUUAAAAAAAUCAAAUCAAUGCAGUUAUCUCAUGUUAUGUUAUCUUUCCCACAUUCGCUUAAACCGUCACGCAAUGCAUCUACCGACUACGGCCGACUUCAUGAAAGCAGGGAAUCUGGAGCCUGGUGUACUAAGACUGGGUCUGACAGAACAGACUAUCUUCAAGUUGAAUUGGGUGCAGUGCACUUUAUUUGUGCAGUGGCCACACAAGGAAGUUGGAAAGAAAAUCAGCGGACCACCACUUACAAAGUUCACCUGUCCACAGACGUUCUUUCGCCUAAACAGGCAUAAAGAACUACAGAAAAUAGACGAGGCAUUUGAGGAGCAUUCUUGGUUUCCAGGCUAUGCAUGGAGGGUAGCUGUUUGCCCUCAGUGUGGUGCCCAUAUGGGAUGGUCAUUUGAACAUCGCCAUCUUCAAGAUUAUAUGGAGAAAACUUCUAAAUUUGGGGAUGGUCUAUCCUCCAAUAAGGAACAGAACAAAGGCAAUUCCAAGAUAGUUCACUCUUUUGUGGGCCUCAUUUACCCAAACCUUAUUGAGGAACACUAUGCAGACUCACUGAUAGUGACACCAAAAGCAUACAGAGGUUAGAUGAGCAGCUUGAACAACAGAAGUUACCUGAAUAAUGCCUGAAAGUUACUGACAGGAAUAAGUCCAUUCUUAGACUGAUCAACUAAUUAAGUACUGGUAGUAAUAGUACUCUGAGUGGCAGGUCCUUUAUGCAUUUGCCAAGGAGUUAUGAUUUGUAAACAUGGAGCUUGUAUCCAUUCCUCAGAGGGUUUUUAAGUCAUAAAUGAUCAAAAGAUUGAAAACAUGAUGUCUCAUUGCGAUCCACUUGAUGAGUUUAGGAAGGUUUCCACAGGUGCAUCUUGACUGUGUUUGGUCAGUUGACCUCAAUCAAGGUUCUCUCACAGAGGCCAGUAAGAAGACCAAAGAGACAAAGGAACAGUGUUUAGGAAAUAAGGGUUGCAGUCACGUGUUUGAUUUUAGAUGAAGGUUUCAACAUUGUUGAUCCUAGCAGUAUGCAGGACAUGUGUCAAAUAUGAACUUCUUAAUGGGCCUUGUUCACCAUAGAGUCUCUGUGGUUCAGUGGUAGAGCAUUGGAGCACAGAAUCCAAAGAUCUGAGGUUCAAUUCCUCAUUGGGACUCUGAAUUUUUUCUUAGUCCCACGCUCGUGACUAGACGAAAAACAUCUUUCUAUAAACCAAUAAUCUAACUAAGUUGAGUUAAGGACCCCCCUGUAUGGGGAAUUUACUUAGAUUUGCAAUAAGCAAUCACAAUGUUGUGACGAGGUUGCAGUAUUUCAGAUAAGUAGUGUAGGAUGACCCUAGUGAGGAAGAUAUCAGAUAAAUGUGACCUUCAAGGGUUUUAUAAUAAAUGUCAAGGGUCAAGAGAUUCAGACACAGAGGGUUGGAAACACAAUAUAAAUGAUACCAGAAAUUUGCAAUGUUAGCUAUAAUGUAAUGGUGGGAUGGUCAUGAAGUCAUUACCUAUGAAAUUAAUGAGAUAUACUGUCUUGUGUUGUACAGUGCUAAAGAAAGAGCAACAUUAUUUACUAAUAGAAAUGGUUAAGGACAAAACGGGUAACAGUUAGACUCCCCUGUGCAGGUGAUGCUUAACCCUUGACACUCUUACAUCAAUAUGUUUAUUCUCCAUACUGUUCUCUAUACUUCUAGAGCGUCUAUAAAGAUAAUUUGUCAAACAAUCAAGAGCUUCUUUAGUUGGUGAUCAUUUGAUGUUUGAUUCAGGGGUGAUAUUGUAGAGAGAAAUUAAAAGCAACAGGUUAAGCAAGUGGGGUACCUUAAAAAUUAUGAUGGAACAACAAAUUUCCAACAAUUUCCUGUCAUUAAUAAAUUGCAUUACAUAUGAAACCA